GUGGCUUUCCAGUGACUCCAGCACCAUGGAGUGCACAGACACCUGCUUUCCCUCCACCUGCAUCAGUCUUUCCUGGGUCUAUGAUGUCUUCUCAGUCUCCAGGAUUUUCUCCAAUGCCCUUUAGUACUCAAGGAAUGCCAAGCUGGAAACAGCCUGCAUCUUUUAGUGCAGCAGCCCCUCAGUCCUCUGGUCUCUGGGCACAGCCAGCACAAAUUCCAUCUAGCCCAUGGGUGCAGUCAUCCAGUUCUGUAAAUCCCUUCCAGAGUAGUGUGUUCCCAUCUUCAACACUAGCUGCGCAGACACCAUCUGUACUGCCCUCCAUGUCAACAACAACAACAACUAGCCCACCUCAGCCACCACCUAGAACUGCACCUCAGAGGGAGCUAUCCAAGAAAGAGAGUGAUGCCUUUAUUGCUCUGGAUCCACUUGGUGAUAAAGAGGUGAAGGAUGUCAAGGAAAUGUUCAAAGACUUCCAUCUGACAAAGCCACCUGCAGUACCAGCAAGGAGAGGAGAGCAGCAAAACCUUUCAGAACCACCACAGCCUGUUCCUCGACAAAGUGUGCUGCCAGCUGAUGACCCAUUUGAAAGUCAAGCUAAAACAGACCUUUUCAGUACCUCAUCUGAAUCUCAGAAACCACCUUCCGGUCACUUUGGUGGUCCUUUUGGCAACCCAUUUGCAUAG